AUGGAGUAUUAUGAAUAUUAUCGUCGUUGGAUGUACGAUAGGACGUUUCCGGGAAGAACUGGACUAAAACCGCAAUUUGUCGAAGGAGUUGACGGAUUUAUUUCAUGGGCAUGGGAGCAAGAAAUCUGUAGAGAUGAGGGAGGAAUUAGAUGUCCGUGUCUAAAAUGUAGGUGCAGACAUAUAAUUACCGAUCCUGGGGAUGUGAAGAAACACCUAAAAAAAGUUGGUUUUAUGCCUAAUUAUUGGGUUUGGACAUAUAAUGGUGAAAUGUUUCAGAAUUUUGGGGUAGGGGUCAAUGCACAAGCUUCUACUAGCCAUGGUGGAACAAAUGUGGAAACAAAUGUGGAAUACAAUGAAGAUGUCAACACAGAACAAUUCAACAUGAUGGAUGAUAUGGUUGCGGACGCUUUAGGGGUGGAAUUGUCUUACGGUGAAGAUGUUGAAGAUGAUGAAGAGGAACAACCCCCGAAUGAGAAGGCGCAAAGAUUUUAUCGAUUGUUGAGUGAAAGUAAUACACCUUUGUAUGAAGGUUCUUCGCACUCUAAGCUAUCUAUGUGUGUGUGGCUUUUAUCUCAUAAGUCGAAUUAUCUUAAUCCUGAUGAUGGUAUGGAUGAUAUUACGAAGAUGUUGAAGGCCGUGACUCCGUUCAAAGAUAAUCUGCCAAAGAAUUAUCAUGCUGCGAAGAGGUUGGUGAUGAAGUUGGGAUUAUCAGUUAAAAAGAUUGAUUGUUGUAGAAAUGGAUGCAUGUUGUUUUAUGACAAUGAGUUUGGGAUAAAUGAUGGAGCAUUGGAGGAAUGUAAAUUUUGUCAAAGCCCGAGGUACGGUAUUAGCAAGCAGAAACGAGUUGCGGUUAAGUCAAUGUUUUACUUGCCAAUAAUACCAAGAUUACAAAGACUGUUUGCAUCGAUGAAAACUGCUAGUCAAAUGACGUGGCAUCAUUCAAAUGGAAUUCCCGGAGUGAUGCGACAUCCUUCUGACGGUGAAGCGUGGAAACACUUUGAUCGAGUACAUCCUGAUUUUGCAGCAGAUCCACGGAAUGUGAGACUUGGAUUAUGCUCUGACGGUUUUCAGCCAUAUGUCCAAUCCUCGGCAAAACCAUAUUCUUGUUGGCCAAUCAUUGUAAUCCCGUAUAAUCUCCCUCCUGAAAUGUGCAUGACAAAACCAUACUUGUUUUUGAGUUGUAUUGUACCAGGACCAGAUAACCCUAAAGUAGGCAUAGACGUGUUUCUACAACCGUUAAUUGAUGAUUUGAAGAGGUUGUGGGCUGGAGAAUUGACAUAUGAUAUUUCUAGAAAACAAAAUUUCAAGUUGAGAGCAGCUUUGAUGUGGACCAUUAAUGAUUUUCCCGCUUAUGGCAUGUUGUCCGGUUGGAGUACCCAUGGUAGAUUUGCAUGUCCACAUUGUAUGGAAAAUACAAAGGCAUUUACUUUGGAAAGUGGAGGGAAGAGUUCGUGGUUUGACUGUCAUCGUCCGUUCUUGCCUCAUAAUCACCCGUUUACAAGUUGGCAAGACUCUCAAGUUGAAGGGGAUCAGGUUGAUCCUUCUAUUUUGGAGAUGCGUGAUGAAGUUGAAGAUGAGAAUGAAGACGUUGUUGAUGAUAAUAAUGAAGGGGACCAGCAAGACAAUCAAGUUGAUGAUGGUGAUGUAGAUGAAUAUAACUAUGCGUCUGAUAACAACACUUGA